CAAUGAGCCAAAAUUCUGUUGAAGAUUAAGUAAUCUUUGUUGAUAUUAGAAAAGUGUGGUCAAUUACUUGUAAUGACAGUUUAAAUUGAUGAUAAAAACACAGCAAGGAUAGAUGUAUUUGAAGAUGAUGAGCCAGAAUUAUUGGCUAUGAAUUUCUGCAAUUAACAUAAAUUAAAUCAACGACUAAUACCAAUAUUAGCUGAAAAUAUUAAGCAGAAUAUGAUAGUGGCUUAAAAAGAAAAAUAAAACAUGACUCAAUAUGUAUAUAUAUAUAAUAGAUGAUAUUAGUUGUAAAAAUUAAAAGAAAGAUAAAUCACAUAAGAAAAUUAAUAAGAACAAGUGACAUAAUAAAAUUUAAUAAAACAAAUUAGUACUUAAUCUCCAAAAACACCUUAAGGAAAAAAAGAUGGCAAUGUUUUUGAUAGAUUGUAUCAAAGUGCUUAAAUAAAAAAAAUGAAAAUGUAAAGACAAGACUCUGAACGCUUAUAAAUAUCUAAUUAAUUAGUACAUAAUUAAGAAUCAGAUAUUAAUUAUGGAUAAUUAUUAUAUUAAAGAGGAAUGUCAAAAAAAGAUGAGUUUAUUUUAAAAGCUGAAAUGGCAUUAUUGGAGAAAUAAUAAUAAUAGAUGAUAGAAUGUACUCAUAAACCAUCAAUUAAUCCAAUAUCAUCUAAAAUUGUUCAUAGACCUUCAGAACCUAUAUGUCUUUAUUUGAAUUAAUUAGCUAAAGUCAUAUCUGAAAAGAAAGAACAAGCUUAAUUUCAUAAAGUUGAAGAAUAAUAAUAAUAAUGUUCUUUCCAUCCAUAAAUUGAUAAAUAGUAAUAUAAUUAAAUUAAUUAGAUCUUAAGCAAUUAUUGAAGAAAAGAAAAAAGCUUCUUAAAUUUAAAUUCCUCAUUAUGAAUAACUAUAUUAAGUUAAUACAAUACGAUAAUUCAAAUUGAAUUAAAAAGAUUAAGAAUACUUUACUGAAACUCAUACAUUCCAUCCAAAAAUAGAUUAAUUAUCAGAAUAACUUGUUUCUGGAUAAACAUUUUAAGAAAGACAAUAAAAAUAUUUAACUUCUAUUAAAGAUAAAUAAUAAUCAAUUGAUGAAUGCUUUAGACCUAAGACAGGUAGACCUCCUGAAUCUCGUCCUGAUAAUUUAUUUGAUUCCCUUUAUAAUUAAGCAAAAACAUUGGCAGAUAAAAAAGCUUAACUUUUAUCAUCAAGUAUGGAUCAAGCACUUUUUUAAUCUUAAGUCAAAGCCAGUCAUCAAUCUGAUAAGAUUAUUUAAUAAGCUAUUUAAAAUAAACUUUCAAAUAUAUUUGAUAUCUUGGAUUCUGAUUAAGAUGGUGAGAUUGAUUCAUUAAGAAUUGAUAUUACAAAUUUAGAUCCUCAAGUUCUUUAAGCAAUUACUCCAUUAUUAUAAGAAAUGGAAUAAGGAAAAUAUUCUUUAACUAAAUCUGAAUUUAUUUAAUUAACUUCUCAAUUGAUGACUUUAAUGUCCAAUAAAGAAAAACAUGAUUUGCUUAAAAAACCAUAAAAAAAGGAUCAAUCCUUAAAUGUAACCAAAGAUAGAUCUCCUAAAUCCAAUAUUAAAAAAAAUUGA